AUGAAGUUGUUGCUCUCAAUGGCUCUCUUGGCGACUUGUAUUACCCUCAUCUCAGCACUGCCUUAUCCCUACGUGAACCCGUAUCCAUACGCUCCAUAUGACUACAGCGGAUACAGUGGCUAUCCGGGGUACAAUAACAAUGGAAAUAGCGUUAGUUACGGUGUCUUCGGAAGAGGAAAUAAUUAUGGAAUGAUCGGAGAUCCCGAUGGAUCUUUCGGAUUCUGGCUUCGAUGUGGGGAUUCGAAUUGUGGACGGAAUGGAAAAUAG